UGCAGUUUCAGUCACAACUGUGAUUCUCUGAAACUGGAGGUAAACAUGAACAGUUCCUCUCUAUCCGGUGACACUGGCGCGGAGCAGGAUGGUUGGUCAUCUGCAGGGAGCACUGCUGCCUGUGUGAUCCUGGCCGUGUGUUUUCUGGUGGGUACCCCGGGGAACCUGCUGGUGGUGUGGACCAUCCUGAAGCAUGUAAAACAGCGCUCACACACAGUGCUGCUCAUCCUCCAUCUGGCUGCCGCAGACCUUCUGGUGCUGAUCACUCUGCCGCUGUGGAUCUACUCGCUGGCCCGGUCCUGGGUGUUUGGACAGGCCGCCUGCAAAGUCAUGGUCUACAUUAUCUAUUCCUGCAUGUACAGCAGCGUCUUCAUCAUCACCAUCAUGAGUGUAGAGCGAUUCCUGGCCAUCAGGUACCCAUUCAAGAUGCUGUCCUGGAAAAAUGAGACUUCCAUGUUCAGAUUACUGCUAGUGACUUGGAUCCUGUCGUUCAUUUUGGGGGUUCCAGUCAUCCUGACCCAGUCUUUAGAUGAUGAUGAUGAUGGCACAGAACACUGCCUGCACCGGGUCUACAACUCCUUGUCUUUUGAAGUCUUUUGUAUGUGUUUGGAGACUCUUCUUGGCUUUGUCAUUCCAUUUUUUACACUUGCAAUCUGUUACUGCCAAGUUGCUGCACAGCUCCGAAAGGUGCGCUUUAGGGCCAAAAAGAAAUCCAUUUUCCUUAUCGGUGGAGUAGUCGUGGCCUUCCUUUUGUGUUGGUUGCCUCAUCAUGUCCUUAAUGUUAUAAAUCUGGUGGAUAUUCUAAGAGAAAAAUCAGAAGAAGCAUCUGCUAUAUCAGAUAGCGCUAUCUUUAUUUUUGGAUCUCUUGCUUUUAUAAGUAGCUCAGUCAACCCUGUGAUGUACGCUUUUGCAUCCAAAACCUUCCAUGGAAGCCUGAAGAAGGCAGGGAUAGUGAAGCUAUUUCAAGACUUGGGAACACAAACACUUCAAAUGAAAGAAGAUGUCUUGCAGGAUUUUGGACCACAGAAUGGAAAGAUCCUGGAAAGUCCUGUUGAUGAACAGUAGUUUGAAGUUUGUUAAUCCUGCCUAGUUAACCUAAUUAACCUAGUUAAGCUUUUAAAUGUACCUUUAAGCUGUAUAAAAGUGUCUUGAAAGAUAUCUAGUCAAAUUUUAUUUACUGUCAUCAUGGCAAAGAUAAAAUGAAUCAGUUAUUAGAGAUGAGUUAUUAAAACUAUUAUGUUUAGAAAUGUUAAACAGAAAUUGGGGAAAAAAAUAAACA